AUGGGAAAGACUCGCUUUGGAAAGUUCGAGGCUGCGCCUCUAAACCCGGAUUUCAUCCCCAGUCUUCAAGAGCCGACACAACAAAUUCUCUGGAUCGGAUGCUCCGAUAGUGGCUUCCAAGAAACGACCAUUCUUGACCUUCUUCCCGACGAAAUGAUGGUGCAUCGCAAUAUCGGAAACAUGAUUAUUGAGGGCGACUUGUCCUGUGAGACAACGGUGAAAUACGCCGUGACUGUUCUUGGAGUGAGACAUAUCGUUGUUUGUGGCCACUAUGGAUGUCAAAUAGUGAAAGCGGCCUCAAGGGAUGGACUGCAAGGUCCAUGGCAAAGCAAGCUUGAUUCGUUACACUCAACAAAUAAGGAUGCCAUCAAUCAAUUACCCGAGACAGAACAUGAUCGGACUUUUGUUCAGUUGAAUGUUCUGGAUCAAUUGCGCUCGUUGCGUCAGUUUCCGGAGGUUGUGGAUGCGGCGAAAUCGGGAAACCUCCAGUUACAUGGAAUUGUCUAUGAUACACACAGUGGAGAGGCGUCUCGGUUACUCGAGGAUGUUGAGUGUCGCAUCUAA